CACCUUGUACGCAGCACACCCAAUUGCUUUUUCAUAGACCAACACAAAAAUGCAGCUCCUAUCCUCUCGCCCGGCUUGCGUCGCGCUCCCGCGGAGCGUACAGCGUGCGGCUGCCAAGCCGAUGGUCGCCCGCGCGCCCGUGGCUCGUCGUUUUGUCGCGACGAGGGCGGCUGAGGUACAGGAGGCCGAGGCUGCCGCUGCCCCUGCUGAGGAGGCGGCUGCUACCCCCCUGGAGCGUGCUAAGAAGGCUCUGGACAGCGAGACCCUGGACAAGGAUGUGCUGACCGCCGCCCUUGCCGAGCUGGAGGCUGAGAUGGGUCGCCUGCAGUCGGCCGCCAACGAGGCCAACGACCGUGCCAAGUCGCUGGAGGCUUCUUUGGCGAGCGCCAAGGACCAGUACCUGCGCCUCAACGCCGACUUUGACAACUUCCGCCGCCGCACGAGAGAGGAGAGCGCCGCGCUCACCGACAGCGUGCGCGGCGAUGUGAUCAAGGAGAUGCUGCCCAUCGUGGACAACUUCGAGCUGGCGCGGACGCAGGUCAAGGCGGAGACCGAGGCGGAGCAGAAGAUCAACAACUCGUACCAGGGCCUGUACAAGCAGAUGGUGGACCUAAUGCGCACCCAGGGCGUGGAGGCGGUGCCCACCACCGGCACCCCCUUCGACCCCAACAUCCAUGACGCCAUCAUGCGCGAGCCCAGCAACAGCCACCCCGACGGCACCGUGCUGCAGGAGUUCCGCAAGGGCUUCGCCAUCGGCGGCAAGCUGAUUCGGCCGGCCAUGGUCAAGGUGUCCUACACUGAGGACGGCCCUGCGGCUAGCUCUGAGGAGUAAGCGCGUGUGCUGUUGCCGAUCAGCCUGGCAGUUUCUCGCCGCGCGCUCUGCUGGCUGGGAAAGAUAAACAGUCUGCAAAGAGCGCGCACGUGGGAACGCAGUUGAGUAGUUGCGGCUGAUGUCUGCCGUUUGCAUUCGGGGCGCUUGAGUCGUCGUGUGUGUCUCCUGGGUCCUCUGGCGAUAGCAGGAGCACGUAAGAGGAUUCGGUAGUCCGCAGUCCGCACCUUCAACUGCGCUCCAGACAACAGCACAAUCAGCGACGUUUGGACAUAUCGGCGUGUCUGUUGAUGUCUGUACAAAUGAGCUAGAAGAUAGGAUGAAACGGGUUCGGGGUUUGCAACCAGGGGGGGGGUAGAAUCUUCCGAAACAGACCCCAUGCCUCAAAUGGAUAGAGCUCAAGGAGAAAAUCACGAAUCCGCUUUCAAAAUUGAAAAUGGGUUUCUGGGUGCAAAGUUAUGACCCCUCAAAGUGGCCGGUCGGUCGGUCGGUCGGGGGGUCCCAAGAGGUUUUGCACAGGUUCGUGCCAAGUUUUGUUCCUAGCGCUUCUGUCCUGCAGCGCGCGGCACAAUGGGUGCAGCUCAACGAGGCGUGCGUAGGUAUACCCCAGACUUAGCACACAUGCAUAGUAUGGGGUACUGUGGGGAGCGGCAUGUCAGCAUUUUGGAAGAUGCCUGGGGAACGGGCCAGGGACAGGCCGGUGCCGGGCGGGUUUUGCAUGGAUGAACGCGUCAGCUCAUUUCGUACUAUCAAGUAACAUUGGAGUAAGCCGUUGCAUAGCAGGCCAGUCUGUCAGGACACUUGUCGGCGGACGGGUGACAUGUCCACAUGUCCACAUGUCGGUCGGUCAAAGUGUGUUCCCAAGGCGGAUCAUUUUGCAUAGCGAUAGAUCUCACCGAGAGCAGUCAAUUGGCACCAACCUGACAAAAAACUAAGGGGUUCUGAGGGGGUUUUGGGGGGUCGUACGGUAGGGGGGGUCGGUCGGUCGGUCGGUCGGGGGGUCCCAUGGGGUCAAAAAAGUUUGUUCCUACCCCCCCCCUGUUGCAACUGUGCGAGAGGUCGCUACUGGUGCACAAGCACGCGGCACAGCGUAGCUGUCAGGGGGCGCCGCCGGUCAGGACCACAAAUGCCAUGUUAUGACCUGUGAAGUACGGCUAUG